GAUUCAGAAAUAAAGAAAAUCGAAGUGUAAAGAGAAUCAAAUGAAAUCGCCGUGCUGAAAGCACAAAAACUCUCCGCCAUUGGCGCGAGCUCCAUCUCAGACAAGCUACAAAUCAACUCAAUAUCAGUUUUUUUUGGCGCCAACCAAUCCUCUCACCAUGUUGCGAAGGUCCAUCCUGCGACUUUCGGCUGGUCAAUCAGUGAAAAGAAUUCCAGCAGAGGUUAUAACACAGGUACCUUCCUAUCUUUUUUCCAGAAGAGAGUUUUCAGUCUCACCCAAACAAAAUGGGCCACCCCGGGGGCCAGGUUCAACGGGGAAGCCCAAAGAAACAGUGAGUCUCUUGCCGAGAUUCAUUAUUGGAUCUGUUGCUUUAAGUGCUGGAUUUUUUGCUGCUUAUCAAACUGGAUAUUUAGAUAAGUAUCUCAUUAAAGAGCCCCAUUCCAGCCCUGAAUUAGCCAGGGACGAAACUGGCCUUCAAGGUGUGAAGGAGCUAAAGGAAAGUAGUGAAGUUUCACAAGAUAGUGAAACUUUAGGAAGACCAGAUGCUGGUUCUAAAUUUGUAGAGUCUGAUAGUCCGGAGCAAACUUACCAGAGCAUUGGAAUUCAACAAGAUCUCUCUGGUUCAGAAGAGCCAACAGCAACUGGAUCAGAAAGUCAAUUUCAGGUAAACGAUUCAUCAGAAAUUACUGGUGGAGAAGCCAACUAUACUGAAGUAAAAGAAUUAUCACCCAGCUCCCAUCAAGAAAAUGUUUCACCUGAUGAAACAAGACUUACUUCUACUCAAUCACCUGAGGACACUUUGGACAUGAAGAGCCCAGAAGUAUCUACUGAUGCAGUGCAGUCUAAGGCAAUAGAAAUCACUCCAACUCCAACACAGGCUGAUACACUUCAGAAGGAAAAUGAGGCUAGUGUCAUGUCUCCAGAGCAUGUAAUCAGUCAAGCCAAGAUGGAGGAUGCUCCUCAGCAUGAGGAAAAACCUAGUUCCCUUCUUGAUGAAUACUACUUAAGAAAUGGGGUUGGAGCUACCCCUACAACCUCGUCUGACAAGAAAAUGGUUGUUGAAGAUCUGGGUGAUUCCUACAUAUCAAAGGAUGGAAAAUUGGUGCUUGAUGUCUUACAGGUUAUUCAUGAAACUGAGAGUAGACAAGCAGAACUAGAUGCUCGCUUAUUUGCUGAAGAAAAGAAAUAUAUGAAGGAGAGAUAUGAAAAGGAGCUGAAGGAUGCCAGGGCCAGGGAACUUAUGUAUGCUGAACGAGAGGCCUUACUGGAUAAGGAACUGAAAAAAGAAAGAGCAAAAGCCAUCGCAGCUUUGAAAUCACUUAAAGAAAAAUUAGAAGAAGAACACAAGACGGAGCUUGAGGAAAAGGAAGAUGAAGCAGAACUGAAGUUAAAGAAAGCCCAGGAGUUGGGUAAAGCACAAUUGGAUGCAGCUAUCGCAAGUGAGAAAGCAUCUCAAAUUGAAAAAAUGGCUGAAGCCAAUCUCCAUAUAAAUGCUCUGUGCAUGGCAUUUUAUGCACGAUCUGAAGAGGUUCGCCAGACUCAUUCUGUUCACAAGCUUGCUCUGGGUGUGCUUGCUCUGGAAGAUGCACUGUCCAGAGGGUUACCAAUUCAAAAAGAACUAGAAAAUCUUCACACUUCUCUUGAAGGGAUAGAUAACAACUCAUUGCUGGAUGUGGUUCUAUCUUCUCUUCCAGAAGAAACACAGAGAUAUGGUUCAGAUACUGUGUUACAACUGAAUCACAAGUUCGAUACAUUAAAGGGGACACUUCGGCACUUUAGCCUGAUUCCUCCAGGUGGUGGUGGGAUAUUGACACAUUCUUUGGCUAGUGUUGCAUCCUGGUUAAAGGUUAGGGAGGCUGGCCAGUCUGGUGAUGGAAUUGAAUCCCUCAUAAAUAAAGUUGAGAGUUUCUUGGCUCAGGGAAAAUUAUCAGAAGCUGCUGAUGCCCUUGAGAAGGGUUUAAAGGACACUCACGCAGCAGAAAUUGUUGAUGAUUGGGUAAAGCGUGCUAGGAACAGAGCUAUAACCGAGCAAGCACUAACCUUGCUGCAAUCUUAUGCCACCACUAUAAGCACUUGAAACAGUGAUCCAUUAUUGCAAUCAAACGUCCAGUUUAUCUGCUGCCUACAAAAAUCUCUCAAGAAUGGCUUUUUGGUGAUUAACAUGUUGACAUUUUCAAUGCUUGCAACACUAUCCCUUUUUUCAUCUUGUUGCAAUCCAAGUAGUUACGCCUCUCUUGAUCCGGAUAAUUUCCAUUGAUAGAUACAUCACUAUCGAGCAGGUUUGUUGUACAACGGGUUACUUCUGUUAUUCUUUCUUUCAGGUCCACCAUGAAAAGGACUCCAAGCUGGAGUACGCGCUGCAUUUUCUACUUCCCAUGAACUAAUCUUAUUUGCUGUUGUUACGCUGUUUAGCAUGUAUAAUAAAGGCAGCUCAAAUUGACUGGAUAACUUCUUUGGUUAGUUUCCUAAACUAAUUAAAUUUGAAAGAGCUCAGCCAAGCAUUGAUAGGUUUUCGUCUGAUCGAGGGGACAAGUAGACAUGAUUCACCUUAAAACAGUUUGAGGUUGAAAUUUCUGAGGGAACUUCGAUUAAUGUAUAUCUUAACAUUUAUAGUUGAAUAUUAUGGGAUAUGAUCAAUAAAUUGAAGUUCCUUUGGAUACAGACGAUUUAAAAAGCAAA